AUGAUAUUAUCAUUCAUUCGUUCUACUCUGGCACAAGCACAACCUCAUCAUCCUCUAGCUGCCCCAGCAAAGAAAUGGCGAACUCUAACUGGCGGGCAGCCGAGCAUUAUAGCCAGAGGAGGGUAUUCUGGGCUUUUCCCAGACUCAAGUAGCAGUGCAUUUCAAUUUGCUACAAGCACAAGCCUACCCAGUGUGAUUCUACUAUGUGAUCUCCAGUUUACAAAAGAUGCACAAGGCAUUUGCCUUUCAAGCUUGCAACUUGACAAUGCAACCACUAUUCAAGACGCCUACCCAAAUUCUAGAAAGACCUAUAAUGUCAAUGGACAACAAACCACUGGAUGGUUUGCAUUGGACUUCACAUUUGAUCAGCUUUACAAGGAUGCUCCAUUGACACAGAAUAUUUUCUCUAGACCAAAUGCUUUUGAUGCAAUGGAGCCAAUCACAGCCUUAGAAGAUGUGGCAAGCGAUGUGGCAAGCGCUAAGAAUCCUCGAAUCUGGCUCAAUGUUCAGUUCCACUCAUUCUACGUUCAACAAAGAAUCAAUCCACUGAUGUACCUGGACAAGGUGUUGAGAAUUUUGCCAAUAAACUUCAUUUCAUCUCCUGAAAUCGGUUUCCUGAGAGCAGUUAAACCAAAAGUAAUGAUUGGGAAGACAAAGCUCAUAUUUAGAUUCGAGAGCAAAGAUUCUCUUGAACCUACGACGAAACAGACGUACGGGUCGCUUGUAAACAAACUAUUGACCGUAAAGGGAUUUGCAUCGGGUAUUCUGGUCCCAAAGGAUUAUAUAUGGCCAGUUGGAAAUGACAUGUACCUGCAGCCUGCAACCACACUUGUAGCUGAUGCACAUAAGCUAGGCCUAGAAAUAUAUGCUUAUAAUUUUGCAAAUGAUUAUCCCACAAGCUACAAUUACAGCUUUGAUCCAACGAAUGAAUACUUGCAAUUCAUCGAUAACAAUCAAUUUUGUAUUGACGGAAUGUUCACAGAUUUCCCUUCCACUGCAUCCGAAGCCAUUGGUUAG